AAGUGGGUCUACAAAAAGGACGAUGGCUUUGAACUUUCUAGAGACAGAAGCAGUUGUGUAAUAACUGCAUACUGUUGAGGUUUGGUUUCUUGUUUGAAUACUGACUUGAGUAGUUAAGUUUGUGUUUAAUUGUAGUUUCCUUUCUCAAGCAAAAGUGAAAGAUAAAGGAACAGGAUUAAUGUGGUUUGGGUGAGUGUUUUAAUAGUUGAGUUUAUAAUUUCUGAAUUUCUGUAUGAAAUUUGUGGGAUUAUUUGGAGAGAGAGAGAGAGAGAGAGUGAGGAAGGUCUCUUUUGGGGCUUAGUUUGGGAGGAUAGCUUUGGAGGUUUCUGACUAAAGUUGCUUAGAAUGGCAGAAAACUCCGGUAGUGAUAAAGAACUGAGGUCACUGGCACUAACACCGACAUGGUCUGUUGCUACCGUGUUGACAAUAUUUGUGGUGGUUUCUUUGGUUGUGGAACGCUCAAUUCACUGCCUGAGCAAUUGGUUGCGGAAAACCAACAGAAAACCUUUGCUUGCAGCUGUAGAGAAAAUGAAAGAAGAGUUAAUGCUGCUUGGCUUCAUAUCCCUCUUUCUAACAGCCACCUCAAGCACAAUUGCCAAUAUUUGCAUUCCAUCAAAGUUCUACAAUAGCACUUUUGCUCCAUGUACCAGGUCUGAAAUUGAUCAACAACUUGAAGAUGAUGGUUCCAAGGAGCGAAAACUUUUGAUGAGUCCUGUUUCUCACUCAUUUAGGAGAAUUUUGAAUAGCAUGAAUCGAAAUACCUGCAAAGAGGGUCAUGAGCCUUUUGUGUCAUAUGAAGGUCUUGAGCAGUUGCACCGCUUCAUAUUUGUCAUGGCUAUCACACAUAUAUCCUACAGUUGCUUAACGAUGUUGCUGGCAAUUGUGAAGAUUCAUAGUUGGAGGGCAUGGGAAGAAGAAGCUCAUAUGGACCGACACAAGUCAUUACACAAAAUUACACGAGAGCUGACAAUGCGAAGGCAAACCACUUUUGUCAGAUACCAUACAUCAAGCCCCUUUGCCAAAAAUAGUGGCCCUCUGUGGGGAUUUGUUGUUGCCUUCAUGCUGUUCAAUGUGAAAGGGUCUAACCUAUAUUUCUGGAUUGCUAUCAUUCCCAUUACUCUGGUUCUUCUUGUGGGAGCAAAGCUACAGCAUGUUAUUGCAACACUGGCACUUGAAAAUGCUGGCAUAACCUUUGCGGGAAAGUUGAGGCCAAGAGAUGAACUUUUCUGGUUCAAUAAGCCAAAACUGUUGUUGUCCCUCAUUCAUUUUACUCUUUUCCAGAAUGCAUUUGAGCUGGCUUCAUUCUUUUGGUUUUGGUGGCAAUUUGGAUAUAAUUCUUGCUUUAUUCAGAAUCAUUUGCUGGUUUACCUACGACUUAUUUUGGGGUUUGCUGGACAGUUCCUAUGUAGCUACAGCACUUUGCCACUCUAUGCUUUGGUUACCCAGAUGGGAACGAACUAUAAAGCAGCAUUAAUUCCACAAAGGAUAAGAGAGACAAUGCAUGGAUGGGGAAAGGCAGCAAGGAGAAAGAGGAGGCAUGGGCAUUACACGGAUGAUUCAACCAUUCAUACAGACACAAGCACAGUAAUGUCACUGGAAGAAGACGAUCACCAGAUACUUGAUGUUCCCGAAACUGGCACUGGUACACACACUGAGAUAGAGUUACAACCACCACCUGCUGCCAUAUCCAGUGCUACUCUAGUUGCUAAUGAAACUUCAAGUAGGGCUACCACACCUCUACUCCGCCCCUCUGCUUCUAUUUCUCCAACAUCUAUGUCCGUCUUACAGACAGAAUGGAUUCCAAGAUCAUCAUCAAUGCCAGCCAGGAGAGAAUGAUACAGUUAUAUCCAUUUAUGAAUUAAAAGUUUGAGGAAGGAAAACAAAGUGAAUACCACUAAUUAUUUGUAAGCUUCACCUUGUUUUUAGAAGGUUAUGGGAAUCAAAUGGAAAGGCUUGAGCUUGUUUCUGCUGUGAAACAAUUUCUUUCCAUUUCCCUUACGUUAAGAAUCCAUGUUUAAUGUUCACAGAUUACUUAUAAUGUUGUAAGUUGUAGUAUAGACUAAUAUAGUACAAGGAACACGUACAUGAUGUUUGUUUUAAUGUAGACUUCAGUAUUAAAAUUGUCAAUCCCAG